CAGGUGCAAUGAACUAAGUGAAUAGACAUGAUUACGGGUCCGGAAGCAAGACAAACGCAUAGGUUGUUGGACUUAAAGAAGCAGCAAUGGGCUAAAGAGCGAGAGGAAAUCGCGCGCAUGGAUGAGAUGUACCAUCAUCAGCACACUUCAUCGACGUCGCACCAUAAGAUUGAACGCACCUCCAUACGCACCUACUACUCCAAUCUGGAUCUCAGUCAAACCUCAUCGAAUCAGACCUCCAGCCAUGCCCGCCAGCCGCCCGCGCAGCCCAUGCAGCUGAUUGUGCGUCCACAGCCCGCCGCGGACUAUCGCCAAGUGCAGCGGCAACGCAGCGAGGACUAUAUGAAUCAAGUGGAGCGCUACAUAGACGAGCUGGACGUGGACGCCGAUGCGGACUUUGAGGAUGAUGAAUUGCUGUACAGACGACAGCGACGAGGCAGCUAUGCGCCUGGCAUGUCCGAGCGGCCACUGCAGCUGCAGGCGCCGCCUGGACGCUACGUGGAGCUGGUGCCCACUUCGUUGCAAACGGCCAAGGGCCGCAUGCAACAUCCCCAGCAGCAGCAGCAGAGGCUAAGAAGUCCCAGCUUGCCCACAAUCAGGCAGCGGGAGUUUGGCCAAGUCAAUGGCAACGUGAAGGGAACAAACAUUGAUCCCGGCAACGCUAACAUGCCACAUCGAUUAAACAAUCCGAAUGCGAGCCAAGCGCCAGCCGGUUGCCAGGAAGAGGACACUUCUGGCUAUCUGAGCGAUACGCCCAAGAACACACACACGCCCGACAUUUGGUAUAACGACGCAGCCAGUCAAAAUGGGAGCAUUAGUGGCAUGGGCAGCGCCAGCCAGGCCGAGGAGAGCGUUGGCAACACAAGACGUUUGAGGCGAUCGAUACAGGCGCCAGCCAUACCCAUGCAAAUGCCCAUGCCCCAGACCCUGCCCACGCCCACGCCCACAGUGGGCGCCCAAGCAUCCAAGCCCUCGCGUCGCGGGCCCGCACAGCGCCACAGCUAUGAGCCGUUGGCAGCCGAUGGCUACCUGGCAGACGGCUGUUGCUAUUUGCCAGCUCCGUCCACGUCCUCGAACAUGAGCCUCAGUCGCGAUGUAUCCACAUCGAACACGUACCAGGUGCACAUCAGCAAUGCCUCCGAGCAGGGCGACUACUAUGUGCACGAGCGGGAUCGUGAGCGCGCCCGCUGGGCCAACUACAACGUGCAGCAGCAGGUGGCGGUGCCAGCGCCGGGCUGGCUAAAUCGCGGCGUGCACGAUCUCAAGGACAGCGAGGACGAUGCGCAGUCGGUGCAAUCCUCCUCAACCUAUCUGCGCGGCCAGAAUGCGCCUCUCGACGCACAGACGCUGGCCGAGCGCAUGGACAAGCGGCGGAAGGCCGCGGAGUACCAUAACGCGAUCAAGAAGCAGCUGCACGAGCGCGAGCUCAUACGCAAGUGGGAGCAGGAGCGCCAUAGGCAGGAGGAGCAGCUGGAGGAGCAGCGUAUGCGACGGCAAAAGCAACUGGAGCAGGAGCGACUGGAGUACGAGCGGCAUCAGAUGCAGGAGCGCGAAGAGGCGCAGAGGAAGAAGCAGCAGGUGAUGCUGGAUGCCAUUGCCAAGGCGGAGGUUGCGGCCAAAAUAGAGAAGCAAAAGAAACGUAAAAAUCGUGAGCGAAGUCAGAGUCAGGAGCAGUCCGAAAAGCCAGAGCUGCUGCAGGUGCUCUCCGUGGAAGAGGAAGAGGAAGGCGCUGUGAAGGAGCAGUUGGAGAAUGGCGUGAAUCAAGAGGACACGCAGAGCCACACGCCACGCGCCGCGGCGCCACAGGCAGCAGCAGCCACGCAACCAGCUCUGGUCACCGAGGAGAAAGUGCUCAUUGGCACGCCCAUCAAUCUGCGCCGCACCAUAGCCAAGCCCAUCAAGCAGCCAGCCCCAGAGGCAGCCAAUGAGCCCGCUGUGAAAGCCAAGGUUAAGCCGAAAAAUUCUGGCGAGGAGAAGGAAAACUUGGCGCUGCUCAUGCAGCCAGCCACGUUGAUUCCGUUGCCCGUGACCACUGACAUAUUUGGACUACAGAAUGCCAUAGGAAAUCUGCAGAUUGCCACCUACUUUAUGCAGCAGCCGCAGGUGAAGCCGCCGGCGAGCACAGAGCAGUGCUACUCCAAGGCAACCAUGACACAGCGCACAGAGACUUCCAUCUGCACAGAGGAUGGCUAUCAGGCGGAAAAGGAGGAGGAGGACGAGGAGCCGCUGCAUACGGCGCGGUCGGGGCGCACAGCUCUUGAGACUGCCAGCGGCUGCUUCUCGCCCGAUUCGCUGGAGGUGAACAUUGCGCCAGUGCCAGCCGAGCAGGACAAGCUGGCGCUCAUACCCGUAAAGUCGCCUCGGCCAGCCAACGAGUCAGCGAGCAGGCAGCGCAGUGGGGGCUCACUGCAAGCGGAUGUGGAGACUCAGACGGAGCUGCCGCUCAACUGCGAUCUCUGUCUAUUCCACGACAACUUCUACAAGGUGCUGCUGAAGCGCGAGGUGUCCACCACAACCACAACGCAAACAUCGAAGACACAAACGCAGCCUGCCCAGGAGUCAGCAGCGGAGAAGGAUCACGAGACAACGACAACCACCACAACGACGACAACGACCACAUUCAAGGCGAAGACAAAGGACAAAGACAAGGACAAGAACAAGAAGAAUCACAGCAAGGACAAGGAUGCCAACAAAAUGGACGACCGUCCCAAGUGGGGCGUCAAUCGGCCAGUGGUGCAGUAUGUCAAGGCCAGCGACCGAGAUCCCUUCUGUCUGCGCAAAAAGAAGAAUCAUGUGGCCAUAGCCAAGCCGCCGCGCUCUCAAUCAAUGGACUCGCGUCUGGACACCGUUGUGGUGCUGCCCGCGGAUCAGCUGUGCCAGGACGAUGGCCAGGCACUCAUCAGCACUGCUCAGGAAGAGGAAGGCUUUCUGCUCAAGGCUCGCAACGUCUGCACCGAAAUUUUGCCCAUCAAAACGGAUGAAAAGGGACGAAUUUUCCUAAACUUUCGGGAGGCCAGUGCCAUAAUGAACGAGGACGAAAUAAAGGAUAAGUUGCGGCAGAAAUACUUCAACUUCGGGCGCAUUCUGCCACGACGCAGCUGGGCCUCGGCCACGCAGCACGGUCUGCCUUUCAGUGUGACCGCAGCCACAGCCACAGCGCCGCCAGCCACACUCACGGUGGGCGACUUGGCGGACGAUUAAGCAUUAGAAUUCUUAACUUACACCAAAAUAUAUUUCUACCAGAGGCACCAGCAAAUAAUAGAUUUUUUUAAAAACUCAAAAAUACGGAUUAAUUGGAAAA